ACCUUUGUUCAUCCCGAACAAAAACAAAACAAAAGAAAACGAGCAAACGAGCAUGUACAACGGUUCAGGCAAGACAAAUCUCAAACCAAUCAAUAAAAUCAAGAAGAAUUCAAAUGAUCACGAGUACACACCUCAACUAUUAACUCGGUUAUUGCGAAUGACAAAGACUCUCGAACACGGAGAUAUAUCAUAUGCCUCACUCAGAUUGACCUGCUCCCGAACUCCCGCGAGUGUCCCACUGAUGGAAUUGGUCGUCCCAUUCGCUCCACUUAGCGUACUGCUUCGCUUCUCAUUGCUCCCAGCGUUCGGUAUGUGCACAUUGACUCUUUCUGCAACCAUACCAUCCUUGAAACCUCCGGAAUGUGUGAACAUGGUGUGCCCAACUGCAUCACCUGCUCAGUAUGGUGUAUUUUAUUUUGGACUAUAUCUCAUAGCACUGGGGACAGGAGGGAUCAAGCCGUGUGUCUCGUCCUUGGGGGCUGACCAGUUUGACGACACAGAUCCUGUUGAAAGCGUGAAAAAAGGGUCCUUCUUUAAUUGGUUCUAUUUCUCUAUUAAUAUUGGUGCCCUGGUGUCGAGCAGCUUGAUUGUGUGGAUUCAGGACAAGUGUGGGUGGGGCCUUGGUUUUGGCAUCCCUGCUCUCUUUAUGGGGGUUGCUAUAGUAAGUUUCUUGUCGGGCACACCUCUGUACAGGUUUCAGAAGCCAGGAGGAAGCCCAAUUACGAGAAUGUGGCAGGUCGUGGUUGGCUGUUGCAGAAAAUGGAAUGUGGCGUUGCCUAGUGAUAGCAGCCUUCUGUAUGAGACAACGGAUAAAAGGUCUGCUAUCGAGGGGAGUAGGAAGUUGUUGCACACAGAUGAGUUGAAGUGGCUGGACAAGGCUGCGGUUGUUUGUGAUGGUGAGCGCAAAUGCUGCACUGUGACCCAGGUGGAGGAGCUCAAAAUCUUGAUCCGCAUGUUCCCCAUCUGGGCCACGGGUAUAGUCUUCUCGGCUGUGUACGCCCAGAUGUCUACAAUGUUUGUGGAGCAAGGAAGCGUGAUGGACACGUCCGUCCCGGGCUUCCCCACCCUCACCAUCCCACCCGCCUCUCUCUCCACCUUUGAUGUCGUUAGUGUCAUCCUGUGGGUCCCAAUCUACGAUCGCUUCAUUGUUCCCGCAGCCCGCCGCCUCACCGGCUGCCCGCGCGGCUUCUCUGAGCUCCAGCGCAUGGGAGUCGGCCUCUUCCUCUCUGUCCUGUGCAUGUCGGCCGCUGCCAUCGUUGAGGUCCGCCGCCUGGCAUUGGCCCCGGCCCCAUCCCCAGCCCCAGCCCCAAUGAACGUCUUCUGGCAGGUGCCACAAUAUUUUCUUCUUGGGGCGGCCGAGGUUUUCAUGUUCAUAGGGCAGCUGGAAUUUUUCUACGACCAGUCUCCGGACGCCAUGAGGAGCCUGUGCAGCGCCCUCUCCCUGCUCACCACUGCGCUCGGCAAUUACCUAAGCUCCUUUAUUGUGACGGUGGUGACGGGGCUGACGACGAGCGGAGGGAGGAAGGGAUGGAUUCCGGACAACCUCAACGAGGGCCGCCUCGAUCUCUUCUUCUCGCUCCUCGCUGGGCUUAGCCUCCUCAACUUGCUGCUCUACGUCUUCUGCGCCAACAUUUACAAGUCCAAGAAGCCCUCAUCAGGAGCUUAA